ACCCACCCAUACAGACUAUUUUAAGCAGGUUUAUUGUUUCCAUUUUAUGGCAGUAUGAAAUAGGCUAUCGAUUUAACUUGUCCUAUUUCAACUUUGGCCAAGAUUGGAUUUUUAAACGAGCUGGGCUGGGCAUCUCCAGUCGACCCGCCUGGGAGCAGAGGAUCACAGGGAUUGUGAGACCCGCAGGUCGGAGUGCGCAAAACAACGCGCCCCUGUGAUUCAUCCGCAUUUUCCAGACGAUGCGCAGGUGGAGGCGAGGAGGAGAGGAAGCAGCCGCUCAGGACGGACGGAUGAAACGGGCAGGGAUGUUCAAUACUCUUAAGGUGUAUUUCAUCUAAGGAACGAACUGUUUUUCUCCCCUUUGUCGGCGUUGCAUUGAUUUGGAACAACUGGCUUGAUUUGGUGCAGCUGUAACCCAUUUUUCCUCCAUGACAAAAGUUUGACUGUUAAAAAAUGAUGCUCUGCUCCGCUCCGCUCCUGUUUUUUCAUGCAAUGCUGUGGAUUCCGGCGUCAGCGUAAGUGGCCAGUCAUCACUUGAGAAAUAGCUGCGAUUAUUUCGGUCUUAAUUUCGGUGCCAAUUUCAACAAACAGAGGGCUUUUAUUCUCGCACACCAUCACUCGCCCGGGAUUGCAUCCAUUUGAAUUAAUGUCGCACUCCAUAAUGGACUUCCUCGGACUGUACUUCUUACAGCUGGCUCUUAUUGGAGUCUCACAUAUGGCUCUCUCUGUGGGCGAGAGGGACUGCCUACGUGCCGGAGACACCUGCUCCAGCGACGACACCUGCAGCCCGCGACUGCGCACCCUCAGGCAAUGUGUAGCUGGGGACGGCAGCGUGAAGCUGGGGCCUGGGGCACGAAACCAGUGUGAGAAUGCCAUGACGGCGCUGCUGUCCACUCCUCUGCACGGCUGCCAAUGUAAACGAGGCAUGAAGAAGGAGAAAAACUGCCUGAGUAUCUACUGGAGUCUGCAUCAGUCUGUGCUGCACGGACUCAGCCUGGUGGAGAGCUACCCGUAUGAACCAGAGGAGAGAGGCUCUGACUACGUUCGUCUGGCCUCCAUUGCUGCAGAGUCUGAAGUAACGACGGUGAACCGCUGCCUGGAUGCUGCCAAAGCAUGUAACAUAGAUGAAACGUGUCAGAAGCUUCGUACGGAAUACGUUUCCUCCUGUAUCCAGCCAUCAGCUCGCUCUGGGCCAUGUAAUCGACCAAAGUGCAACAAGGCGCUAAGGAAGUUCUUUGACCGUGUUCCCCCUGACUACACCCAUGAGCUGCUAUUCUGUCCCUGCACCGACACGGCCUGCGCAGAGCGCCGCCGGCAAACAAUUGUGCCGUCGUGCUCAUAUGAGGACAAGGAGAAGCCCAACUGCCUGGCUCAGCUGCGGAACUGCAAAGCAGACUACGUGUGCAGGUCUCGCUGGGCACAGUUCCAGUAUGAUUGCCAACCUUCCGAGCAGAGCGCCAGUGGCUGCAAGCAGGAGACUUACGCAGCAUGUCUACUUGCGUACACCGGGCUGAUAGGAAGCACAAUAACUCCCAACUACCUUGACAACUCCACAUCCAACGUGGGACCCUGGUGCUCCUGUGCAGCGAGCGGCAACCACAGGGAACAAUGCAAUGACUUCCUCACUUUUUUCCACGACAACGUCUGCCUGAAAAAUGCCAUCCUCGCGUUUGGGAAUGGAUCAGAUGUGAAAAUGGGCGCUAGCCAGCCCGGGAUGCCCAGUCCAGCCACGGACAACCAGAGCCCGCAUUUGGCUACCACUGCCCCGGGCGUCUCCAUGGAAACAGAGCAGAACAUUUUGAGAGCACAGAUACCUACUCAGGUAAACGAGAACGACAGAUUGUGGGGCGAUGAGGGAGACUCCACUCUUCCCUCCCCGGGGCUGUCGGACCGCGGAGCCGAGCCCCUCAGCCUGUCCCUGCUGCUUGGCCUCGGUUGGCUGCUCUUGCUGCUGCUCUCUGACCAAUAAGAGGCCCCGCUCACCUGGCCUCCACGGACAAAACUGCAGACCAGGGGGGGGGUAGGGUGGCUGGGUGUGAAAGAGAGAGAGAGAGAGAGAGAGCGCCAUUUCUGUGUGUCAGAUGGCGGUGGGGGAAAGGGUUGACUCUGUCCUGCCCUGCUCCCCUCUCCCUCUCUGUCACAAAAAUCACACUUAAUCUCUUUUUGUGAAUCAUGACCCAGAGCAGAUGUGUUGUGCAGCCCACGGCCUUGAGAAGACCACCGGAGAGGGUGCCACUACCACAUCACAGGGGUGGGGGGGGUGGGAGGGUGUGGGGUGGGGACCAGGAAGUUCACACCUCAUUUUUUGCUUCAUGCCUGCCCCAAACACAAACUGUUACACAUGACACACAUGCAGACUUUGCUCAUCUGAAAAUAACGUCCAAGCUACAGUGAGUGGGUUCAGAAGGUGUACAGUGAGGAGACACUGAAUAUGCAGUCAGUGCAGGAAAACUCUAAUAAAAAAAAAUAUAUAUAUAUAUAAAACAAAAAAAAAGUUUUUUUUGUUGUCCCUGAACAUUCCUUGAUGUAAAAGAAAAAUAUUAAGUGUUAAGAAUUUUUUCUCAGAUGAACUGUGAUGAAGUGUUACGAGAUUUAUGUUGGAAGUGUGUGUGUGUGUUUGUCCACAUGCAGCACUCUGUCCAUUCAGGUUUGCUCUGUAUUUGCCACAUUUUUUUGUCCUAAUUUUGUUAUGCAGAUGUUAGAUGGAAGCACACGCUAUAAUUGAGUCAGAGCACAAUGAAAGUCUGUUUGUUGUUGUGCUUUGAGUGGCAGGAUGACGAGUUCAUUUCUAAAUAAAGACUAUAUAAAGAAAAGUUAAUUUAAAUUUAACAUUCAAACAAGAUUAGGAAGAGCUUUGAAAGUCUGUAAAAGUGUUUUACUUUAUCAAACAAGGACCUACAUUAGUUAUUAGCCUUUAGUGUAUUGUAAUCUGUUUUAAUUUUUAAAGCUAUAAAUCAUUUUUAUAUGAGUAGAUGUCACUUUGGAAAGGGAGUCUUCAUUUAUUCAUUCAUUAAGCUUUAAGUGCGAGGGCCUGACAAACAUGUGGGUUUGUUCCUCUCCAGAAAUGUAUAAAAAAAAUCAUGUGGCUUUGGUGAAGCAACAAGAGAUGGAAACAAGUUUAUAUUUUUUAAAUGUGUGUGGACUUUUGCCGCAGAGAAAACAGAUAUCUAUAGACACAUUUGUGACCGAUCAUGUUUUGUCGUUGCGGGAGGACUGGUGGAAAACAGACGGUACGGGUUUUGACGCAUGAACGGAUGCAUCUGUCUUUCGAGAGACUUGUGAGAUGAAGGUAGUGAUCCAUGUUGGUCCGCUACCUGCUAUGACUAUUCGCUCGACGUGGGACGGCAGAGGAUUUACAAUAUGUACUGUAUUAAAGCACAGCUCUGCUUUGCAGAACGGACAUGUCUAUGAAAAGUGUUGAGACUCGGAGACCGAAGUUGGUUAGGAGCUAACGCUCUUCACAAGGAAUGUGUCAUCUUCAAUACUGCCACUGAAUUCAGAUAUCUAAAAACAAUAGUUUCACUGAAUUAUUAAAUGACACCAUAUAUGCUGAUUUUAACACAGAGAAAGAAAAUGUGUUGCCCUGAGCUACAAGCAGACCUGAUGAAAAUGACACAUUCUAGUUCAAGAUCGAUCUAAAAUAGCUCACAUUAUAAGCUCAUAAUACUGUCAAAACAGCACAAGAGUUGUUGGAUUUUGUCACAGGAAGGUGUGGAAAAAGUUUUUUCUUUCUCAGUGUUGCCCGUAUAGUUUUAAAAUGAGAACCCAAAUGCAUUUUAACAGGGUUGUAAGGAUGUAAAAAAUAAUAAUAAUAAUACAACACAUAAUUGACUGGGAUUUCACUCAAAUUACACAAAUAUUCUCUCACAUACCUCUAGUGGUACCCAGUCAUGCAGAUAGUUUUUGGUUUCCUUAGCCCAGGUUUUAAGUAUUGUUUACUGAAAUUGCUGCUGCCACCCAAAUACAAUAAAGACCUUUUCUUUCCUUAA